AUGCUCCCCACCCCAUCAACCUCCCACGUCCCCUACGCCCGCGUCUACGAGCCGGCAGAAGACUCCUUCCUCCUGCUGGACACCCUCUCCUCCCCCUCGGAGCAGGCCUUUCUCCGCUCGCACUUCCCGGCAUCUUCUUCUUCUUCCUCCUCCUCCCCAUCCCCGCUCCUUCUCGAAGUCGGCUCCGGGUCGGGCGUAGUCGUCGCCUUCCUCGCCGCCAACGCGGCCGCCAUCUUCGGCCGCGCAGACGUCCUCGCCGCCGCCACAGACGUCAACGUCCACGCCUGCCGCGCCACGGCGCAGACCGUCGCCGGCGCGGUGGCCGAGGCCGCCGCAUCGGCGUCCAGCCGGGACCCGGAGUCGGGCCUCUUCCUCGGCGGCGUGCAGGCGGACCUCGCCUCGCCCUGGCGCGCCGGCGGCGUCGACGUCCUCGUCUUCAACCCGCCGUACGUGCCGACGCCGGACCUGCCGCGGUGGGACGACCACCACCAAGGGGAGGGGGAGGGACAGGGGCAGGCUCCCGGUACAACCACCACCACCACGACCUUCGAGGGCGACUCGCACCUGCUGUCGCUGUCGUACGCGGGCGGGCGCGACGGCAUGGAGACGACGGACCGCCUGAUCGACAGCCUGCCGUCGGCGCUGUCGGCCCGGGGCUGCGCGUACGUGCUGCUGUGCGCGCAGAACCGGCCCGAGGAGGUCAAGAAGCGGAUACGCGGCUUCGACGGCGACGGCGGCAGGAGGUGGAGGGCCGAGACGGUGGGGACGAGCGGGAAGCAGGCUGGGUGGGAGAAGUUGCAGAUUGUGAGGAUAUGGAGGGAAUGA